AUGGCCUCGCUAAACGCCUUUAGCACAAACGCUUUUGUCAUCGAAUGCCCCAUUCUUCUUGCUACAGCUCAGGUCAUCGUGGCCGGCCCUCCCGGCCGUGAAGUUCGCGCCCGCGCUCUCCUCGAUCAAGGCUCGGAAGCCACCUUCAUCUCGGAAUCCUUGGUGCUUGGAUUACAGAAGGAUCGCGUUCAAAUGAGCCUUACGGGCGUUGGGGGCUGCGAAGCUGGAAUAGCCCGAUCUGCUACCAAUUUCUUCAUUAAAUUCCAGCUUGACCAAGACUUCAAGCUCAAUGUUAACGCGUUUGUUUUUUCGCGUCUUACCACGGAUUUGCCACCGAAGGAUCUUGUUGAGUUCAACUUAAACGUGCUUUGUUGCGUUAUUAAUGACGACCUCAGCGAAGUCAUUCAGCGAAUUUGGACAAUUGAAGAGGUUCCCAAUGCAACGAAGCCUCUGAAGCCGAGCAAUGAAGCUUGCGAAACCUUGUUCGUCGAGACGCAUACGCGAGUCACGAACGGCCAAUUUCAAGUCAGACUCCCAGUGAUAGGCAAAUCCCCGCUAGUAGGCAUCGAGACACGCCGAAUGGCUCUAGGCUCGCUAAGGCACCAACAUCAACGCUUAGCACAUGAUCCCAAACUUGCGGCCGCUUACACAGAUUUUAUGAAAACAUAUCUCAAGCUAGGACAUAUGGAGCCCAUUCCACGCGCCGAGGUAAACAAGUCGCGUUCGUGGUAUUUGCCUCAUCACGCCGUGUUAUCUAAAACGCCAGUUCAUUCCAAGAUUCGUUUCGUAUUCGACGCCUCUCGGAAGACUCAGGAGAAUCAGUGUCUCAACGACUUCCUCAUCGCAGGCGACAUCGUCAAGAUGUUUCGGCAAAUACGUAUCGUUCCCGAGGACCAAGACUUUCAAAGGAUUGUGUGGUUCCCGUCACCGUCCGUACCCAUCACAGAUUACCGAUUAACGACCAUCUCGAGGUGCAGUGUUUAG